CCAUGUUGGAAAAAAUCAGGCUCCUCCAGCAGCAGCAGCAGCGCUAACAGCUACCGUCAGUGGACACCUACAACCGGGCACGGCGCUGUUGUGGACAAAAACAGACAGGGUGAGGGAUUCAAGUACCGAACCGGUCCAGAUAUCUGCGGGUAUAAUACUAAAAUUCACACCGAGCGAGUGGAUAAGGUGUGCGGUUUCGGAGAGAAGGUGCGGCCAGACUUCAGGGCUGUAGCGGAUAUUUCCAGAAUAUCUUACUACGCCGAAUAUGACAGCCAGUUAGCCCCAGCAGGACCGCCUGAGUCAGGAAUGGCCUCGUCUUCCUACCUGGAGCCCAGUCUCAAUCACUCCACAGCAGGUGGUUGUGGGGUUAAAUCUCGGCCUGGAAUGCCUGGGGGUCCCAGCACUAGUGGCCCUGCUGGAGGACUGGAGCGGCCCCCAGGCUCUAUGGACCGGGUUCUUAAGAUCUUCCAUUACUUUGAGACAAAUAGUGAACCUUGCACGUGGGCGAGUAAUAUCAGGCAUGGAGAUGCUACAGAUGUCAGGGGUGUCAUCCAGAAGAUAGCCGAGAUCCACAAACUGCGCUGCGUGUCCUCUCUGGGCCUCAGGCUGACCCAUUUACACUCUGAUGCUCUCCACUGGUUACACCCUGAUUUGGGCGUGUCUCAUGUGAGAGAGAAAUAUGAGAAACAACAUCCCCAAGAGGAGUGGAGGUAUGAGUUGCGGAUACGGUACCUUCCUAAAGGUUAUCUCAGCCAUUUCUCUGAAGACAAACCCUCUCUCAACUACCUCUAUCACCAGGUGAAAAGUGACUAUAUGCAACAUAUAGCUGACCAGGUGGAUCAAGAUGCUGCACUGAAACUAGGCUGUUUGGAAAUAAGGAGGUUCUUCCGAGAGAUGCCAGGCAAUGCGCUGGAUAAGAAGUCCAACUAUGAGCUACUUGAGAAAGACGUGGGUUUGAGAAGGUUCUUCCCUAAAAGUCUGUUGGACUCCCUGAAGGCAAAGACUCUUCGUAAGCAGAUCCAGCAGACUUUUAAGCAGUUUGCUAACCUCAAUGAUGAGCAGAGCAUCCAUAAGUUCUUUGAGAUACUCUCUCCCAUCUAUCGCUUCGACAAGGAGUGCUUCAAAUGCGCUUUAGGGUCUAGUUGGGUAAUAUCGGUAGAGUUAGCGAUUGGACCAGAGGAAGGAAUCAGCUACCUCACAGACAAGGGCUCGACACCUACACAUUUAGCUAAUUUUAAUCAAGUCCAGUCCAUCCAAUACUCUGCUUUGGAGGAGAAAGAUAGGAAAGGGAUGCUGCAGCUUAACGUGGCUGGAGCACCAGAGCCCCUCACAGUCACUACAGCAUUGCUGACUACAGCAGAAAACAUGGCCGACUUGAUUGACGGCUACUGUCGACUCGUCUCCUCAGUUAGUCACUCCUUCAUUGUCAGAGUUCACAAAGAGGGUGAUAGAGCCCUUCCUUCUAUACCAAAAGUUUCAAAUCACGAGAAGCGGAUGGAGAAACGGAUGGAUGGAGUACGAACCCGAGCUGUUUGUGUGUCAGGUCACAUUAGUGGCGAUGAAACAGACGACUAUGCUGAGAUCAUAGAUGAGGAGGACACCUACACCAUGCCUUCAAAAUACUAUGGACUAGAUCAAGCACGGGACUAUGAAAUUCAGCGGGAUCGUAUUGAGUUGGGACGCUGCAUUGGUGAGGGUCAGUUUGGAGACGUCCACCAAGGAGUUUACAUCAGCCCGGAGAAUCCAGCUCUGUCUGUAGCUGUGAAGACGUGUAAAAACUCGACAUCAGACAGCGUCAGGGAAAAAUUUCUCCAGGAAGCAUUGACCAUGCGUCAGUUCGACCAUCCUCACAUUGUGAAGCUGAUGGGAGUCAUCACUGAGAAUCCGGUGUGGAUCAUCAUGGAGCUUUGCACACUGGGAGAGUUACGGUCAUUUCUACAGAUUAGGAAAUACAGCCUCGACCUGGCUACUCUCAUCUUGUACUCUCACCAGCUCAGCACUGCACUUGCAUAUCUGGAGAGCAAACGCUUCGUGCACAGAGACAUCGCAGCACGAAAUGUGUUGGUUUCUACAGUUGACUGUGUAAAGUUGGGAGACUUUGGUCUAUCAAGAUACAUGGAAGAUAGCUCAUAUUACAAAGCAUCAAAAGGUAAAUUGCCUAUUAAAUGGAUGGCUCCAGAGUCCAUCAACUUCAGACGAUUUACUACAGCCAGUGAUGUCUGGAUGUUUGGCGUCUGCAUGUGGGAAAUUCUGAUGUUUGGCAUCAAGCCUUUCCAGGGUGUGAAGAACAACGAUGUCAUUGGUAGGAUAGAGAACGGCGAGCGACUGGCUAUGCCCCCUCAGUGUCCUCCUACUCUCUACAGCCUAAUGACGAAGUGUUGGUCGUAUGAUCCCAGCAAGAGGCCGCGCUUCAAUGAACUUAAAACACAACUCAGCACAAUAUUAGAGGAGGAGAAGGUCCAGCAGAAAGAGAGGAACAGGAUGGAGAUGAGGAGACAGGUCACUGUUUCCUGGGACUCUGGAGGGUCUGAUGAAGCACCACCAAAACCGAGUAGGCCGGGGUAUCCCAGUCCUCGCUCCAGUGAAGGUUUCUAUCCCAGUCCCCAGCAUCCUGGACACUACCAGAUGGCAGGGUAUCCAGGCCCCCACACCCUCCCCUCGGUGCCCAGCGCCUUGUACCCACCACAAGCUGCUGUACUGGACACACACCAUGCACACACGCACCCUCGUCACCACGUGCACGCACAUUCACAUGCGCAGCACCUUCCCCAACCACAUGGACCAGACAUGGCACUGUGGGGCUCUGUAAUGGAGGACGUGGCAGUAGACAUGCAGCAGUGUGUAGGCCAGCAGGGUCUGUUAAUGGAGGAACAACUGAUGAUACAACAGCAUCAGAUGGAGGAAGAUCAGAGGUGGCUGGAAGAGGAGGAGAGGCUGCUGAAACCAGACACAAGAAGCUCUAGAGGGAGUCUGGACAGAGAAGAGAGUGGACUCCAACCCCCGACAGGAAACCAGCACAUAUACCAGCCCGUCGGAAAAACAGAGCAUGCGGCCCCUCCAAAGAAACCACCUCGACCCGGGGCCCAGAGUCAAAUGGGGAGUCUGGCUUGUCUAAAUACUGGAGACAGCUACAAUGAUGGAGUGAAGCCCUGGCGGUUACAGCCUCAGGAGAUAAGCCCCCCUCCCACCGCCAAUCUGGAUCGCUCGAAUGACAAAGUGUACGAGAACGUGACAGGAUUGGUCAAAGCUGUGAUUGAGAUGUCAAGUAAGAUUCAGCCAGCACCUCCAGAGGAAUACGUACCCAUGGUCAAGGAUGUGGGUCUGGCACUGAGGACGCUGUUGGCCACAGUAGAUGAGACACUACCUCAACUUCCACCCAGUACACAUAGAGAGAUCGAGAUGGCACAAAAGUUGUUGAACUCUGACUUGGCAGAGCUGAUUGGGAAGAUGAAGUUAGCCCAACAAUAUGUGAUGACCAGUCUCCAGCAGGACUACAAGAAGCAGAUGUUGACAGCGGCUCACGCUCUUGCUGUUGAUGCUAAGAACCUUCUGGAUGUCAUCGAUCAAUCCCGUCUCAAGAUGAUGGCCCACUCCCGCCCACACUAGCCCCACGCCAACUGAGCUUACCAACAGGAGCCUCAGCACCUCUAUGGCAUCUGUUUGUGGCGGAGAACUGCAGACUCCUGGAUUAGUGACAUCAGUCCUGAAAUGUGAGAGUUGAUGGAUACAACUGCUUUACACUGAUGGGGAGAACGCUGACUCCUCUGUUGUGAUCACACCCCAGGAAAAAUCAUUAUAUGUUGAAUCCUUCGUUAGCCUGAGAUUAAAUUCUCAACCACUGUGACUUUCCCAAAACAAGAACAGAGCAAAAACGCUUCCUAAAUCAGAGACUUGGCAGCUUUACUCUCUUUGGACUGGACUACAGUGAUGAGAGGAGAUACAACAGAGAGGAUGACAGGAUUUGAUUUUUUUUUUCUUUUUUUUUAACUCUGGAUCUGGAGGAUUGACACGUGUAAAAAUGUCUGACAGUAUCUGACAUGGGAGCUGUUUGAACUUUUGCUGCUGGCAUCGGAUGUCUCUGUGGAGUCCAUGGAUGGAUCUGAAACAUAUCUUUAUGAAACUUCACAGUGCGAGUGGACUUCUGCCAGCAGGCAUGUUGGUGUGCUCGUCGACUUAGAUCAUAUGUUUUCGCCUGUGGUUGAGAACUCUCCUCUCAGUUGAAUCAAACUAGAUGUUUUCUAUUUGGUUUUGGUCACGUGUGAUGCUGUGAGUGGACACAUUGAGACGACAGCGCUCAGUGAAGACAGGCUUGGUUUGCGUCUGGAAAAGCAGCCUUCCACCCUUUAUGUCUCCUGCUUUGUCCCUCCUCCAUCUGCUCCUGUGCUCCCUCCGUCUCACCAGCUUUUAUUUAUAAACUCAAAUUACAGAGGAGACGGAGGGAGGAACGGAAAUGGCGGAUUAAAACUUCAGGACAGUCUAGCACCACUCUACUGCUUGGAGAAAGAGCACAUUAUCCUCUUCUUUCUUCUCUAUUUCACUCACUUUUCCUUCUCAGUGGUCGUUUCUUCCUGCGGUCUUCCUCAGCUCCUCUCCGAGCAGGUUUUAAAUACUCCAAAUGUGAAGAAUUCAAAUCUGUCUGGGUAAACACUACAGGCAGAAAACCUCCUACUUCCCAUCUUUACUGGCUGGCUCCGUGUUUUUUGUGUUUUAGCUGUCACGAUCUUCUUCCACUAAAAACUGUUUGCAACUUGGAAUACAAGCAGAUACUCAGUCCCAGCAAAGGCUAAUCUGCAUAAAUGGGGGAAAAUAUAGAAGAAGAAGACCACGUAGAGGUCUGGAAUCACACUUUUAUGGGUCUAAUGACUCAACAGUUUCACACAAACUUUAUUUCCUAGAGACACAAAUAAACCUCACACCUGGAACCGUUGUCAGUCCCUGUCUAUGUCAGAUGAGACACUUUCAAUAUGUCCCUCCUAACAAAAGUCUCCAGGCAAACAAACACGCAUUAAAUGUGGAGCCCCGCGACUGGAACUUGUCUUGUGGACACACACAAAAACAAAAAACAAACACGUAAAAAACCAAACAAAUAAUAACACUGAGCUGAAAGUACAGCAAAUCACAGAUCUUUGUUAAUAAUAAUCCCACAGUGAGUAUGACAUACUACUAAUAUGAAACAUACUGGUGACUGUACUGGUAUAGCAUGACAUACUGGUAUGGAGAAGAGCAUAUUUGCACAGCACCAAAACACCCCACAUCCUAACUUUUUAAUUCUAUUUUACCCAGAUGUGAUUUCCAUGUUUAACCAGCAACAAAACUAUCAAAUGUCUGGGUGUUAUAAGGAUUAAAAUGUUAAAAAAAAAUUAAGAAUAUACACACAUAAAAAAAAACCAAUCUAUUUUAUGUCAAUGUUGUUGCGUAAAUGCUCAUGUUGGUAUAUUGUAAGCUAUACUGGUGUGUAUCACUGGUAAAUUGUACAGAACUCGUACUAGUAAACACUGGUUUUUAUUUUGUCUUCUUGGCUCAAUCAGCCAUCUUGUCAAAUAGGAUGAAAAAACAAUGAAAUAAAAUUAUGUUGAAAUGUU